AUGAAUCUUACAUGCAUAACUUUACGCGAGUGCGUGAGGAUAAAGGAACUUCCAAGCUCAAUUGGGGAAUUAAAAAUGUUGGUAGAGUUGGAUGUAUCAAACUCAGGCAUAGUUGAACUACCCGAUCUGAUCGGAAACUUGAAGAAACUAAUGGUGUUGAGAAUAAGUAGAACGAAGAUGAAGGAGUUUCCCCAUACUAUUGGAGGACUGGAGAUGCUUGAAGUUUUAGAUGGCUACAAAUCCUGGGAUCUGACAGAUAAGAACUUGGAGGGAAUUGGGAAGCUAUUUCAUUUGAAGACAUUGAACUUAGCAUUUACUAGUGUUUCUAGACUGCCUCCAGAGAUAAGUCGUCUCCAUCUCCAAAAACUUGAAGUGGGUUCAAUUGACCUUCAACAAGUGCCGCCUCUUCCAUCAAGUUUAAAAUUCCUUGCGGUUCAAGCUAUGGACUUCUCUCUUGUCCCUCACCCCUCAAGCAUCCCUGAUUUAGAACAUCUGGAAUUAUAUAGAUUCAGCAAUUUGAGAAGUAGAUAUCACUCUACUAGGCGGGACUAUGACUCAAAACUUAAAGCGGCUUUGAUGAGGGAGCAACCGUUCUAUCAGCUUCCAUCUCAUUUGUCGCAUUUGAAACUCAAAAGUAUUAGUCCACUACCACAAAUUUCCAACUCAUUAAAUUUGAGAGUUCUGCAUUUAAUUGAAUGUCCAAUAUCACACCUGCCGGUCACUCCUGGUCUAAUGCAUCUGAGGGAACUAAACAUAAAAAGAUGUGAAUCCCUUGAGGAAAUACCAGGUCUGUCACUUUUGAGGAGUCUGGAGCACUUGGAACUAAGGGGCUUGAAUAGGCUAGUUGAAAUUCAAGGAACUAUGUUUCUGGUCAUUGGUGUCUCCGCGUACUUGCUUACAUGGUAA